GUUUAUGUGAAGGCAAGAUUCAAGAAGUAUAUUUGAAGAAUUGGGAUAUACUUACGUUAUUAUGUAUUAACCGUCUAAUAAUCAGUAAUCGGCCUUUGAAACGGAAUUAGCCUAGAGGCCUAGCUACCUCAUUUGAGGGGUGUGUAAUUUUGAAGUGCGUUGCGACACACGCUCAAAAGAGCAACGUAAAAGCGGUCGAAGUUAGUUUUGUAUACCUGGAAACAUAUCUACACUCGAAUUUACUCAUUCAUGUGAUCGAAGUGGACAUGUUUUGGAAAUUUGAAGUACACAGUACAUCCCAUGUGGAUACUCUUUUAGAGAAGGAGCAUGUGACCCUAGCUGAACUAUUGGAUGAAGAUGAUGUAUUACAAGAAUGCAAAGCACAAAAUAGAAAACUCAUUGAAUUUCUCACUAGGACAGACAUUAUGCAGGAGAUGUUAUCUAUGGUUACUGAAGAACCAGAAGAAAAUGUUGAGGAGAAACUCCGGUACAAACAUCCAAAUAUGGCCUGUGAGCUUUUAUCAUCCGAUGUAUAUCAAAUAGUAGAUAAAUUGGCAGAUACAGAGUCACUGUCAAAUCAACUAUGGAGUUUCCUUGAUAAAGAAUCACCCCUGAAUCCACUUUUAGCAAGUUUCUUUAGCAAAGUUAUCUCCAUGCUUAUUUCAAGGCGGCCUGAAAUGGUCGUGGACAAUAUCAAGAACAAGGAGAAUUGUAUCGGCAUUUUUCUCAAGCAUUUUGGUACAUCCGCAAUCAUGGACCUUCUACUCAGACUUGUCACAUGCAUAGAAGUUCCAGAGCUUAGAAAUGAUUUUUUAGAAUGGCUGACCAAUCAGAAGCUUAUACAACGUCUGGUUGAUCAAGUUGAUCCAGAAGAGGAUGACAACAAACAUAGCAACGCAUCACAGGCAAUAGUUGAUAUCAUUCGUCUCACAAGGGAACAUAUGUCACAAUUACAAGAAAGUGCUGAGGUGGAUCCUUUACUGAGUACAAUAGAAAAGGAAGAAACUGUAGCUGAGCUUCUUGAGCACAUGUUCCAUGAGAAGAAAUCCGAGUCAGCUUUAACGAAUGGUGUCACAAUAUUAUUGGCUCUUUUGGAAUUUAGAAAAUCAGGGCCUUCUUAUGUGGACUUUUACAGCCCGGACGGGCAAGAGCAAAUGACUCAACUAGACGCUGAGCGACUUGCCAAAGGAAUUAGUGGUGUUCUGAAGGGAUUAUUACCAAAGCUGUGCCAAAUCCAUGAUAUAUUAGUCGAUCCACCAAAGCAUCCACCUAUGCCCACAACCACGGGCGAGUUAGAUCCUCCAUUUGGCAAUUCUAGACUGCAAGUCUCCAAACUUAUAGCAUCGUUAUUGAUCACAAACUCACCAUCAAUCAACAGUGAACUAAGCAGGUUGGGAACAAUGAAGGUCCUACUGGAUCUGUUCUUUCAGUAUUUGUGGAAUAACUUUUUACAUUUAGAAGUUGAAAAGUGUAUUACAACUAUACUCAGCAAUAGUCCAGUGGAAACAGAUGGAGAGAAGCCACAGCAUCCCCUAUUAGUUCAGGUGGGCAGUCAUCCAUUACAUUCAUCAAGUGAAGAUGAUGACUCAGAUUUUAAAGGGAUCCAGUUUGGUCAGGAGACAACGAUGCAACAGGCCUUCUCCGAUUAUCAGAUGCAACAAAUGACGUCCCAUUUUAUUGACCAGUUCGGCUUCAAUGACGAAGAGUUUGCAGAGCAAGAUGAGAAUGUCAAUAAUCCAUUUGAUAGAAUUGCUGAAGUGAAAUUCUCAAUACCAGCAAAUGAAAAUAAUCCCAACUCUGCCUUGUUUGAUGCAUGUUGCAAUGAAAAAAUCCAAGAAUUCAAUGACAGCAGUGAUGAAGAAGAUGACAUGUUUGAAGUUAGGGAAAUGAGAUAUCCUUCUAAUGUUGAAUCAAGAUCAAGUAAUCACAUAGAGUCAAGAAAUGCAGCUAAUGAUAGCGAUAACAGUACAGAUAGUGAAGAUGAGACAAAGGACGAGGGAUUCGAAACCCCAAAAGUUCAAAGGCCAAAUGAUGAUCAUAGGAUGGAUGUUGAGUCAACAGCUGCUUGGACAGCAAAUUUUGGUAAUGCUCCUCCUGAAUCUUCAGUUGCUAUGGAUACAACACCUGUUGGCUGGGACCAACCAUCAUCUAGAGUAGAAGACACAGGCUGGGCAAAUUUUGACGACUUUGAUAGGGGAUUUAGAUCAGACAGUGCUAGCCAAUCAGCACCAAGGAGUAGCUCUCCAAUAGCCAUGGAUAGUGAGUCAGCGGAUGAUGCAACACCUGAAGCAGAUAGACAGGCUGGUGUGCCUUACAUGGUCACUGCAGGAAGCCCUUCUGAGACAGAAUCAAGCUCAAAGGAAACCACUCCUCGUGCCACAUCUCAAGACGCACUACCCGAGAGUGAAAUUGUUGAACCAAUGCAGGUUAAUGAAGAGACAAGUGGAGCUGAAGGCCAGGGGACCCAGGGGAUAAAGUUAUUGGAUCAUAUGAAAUGUAGUAAACCUGAAGACGACCAAGAAAUCUCAUCAGAAUGUGCAUCUCCGCGUACAGACAAUGUUCCGACUCCUGUGAAAUUAGUCGGGAAAGUAGUCAGCAAUGUAGAAAGCUCAGCAGUUGAGGCUGACACUAAGCCAGACCUGGGUAUGGACUUGAAAGAAGGCAUUGAAAGUGAAAAAAUCCCACCAAAUAAUACUACUGCAGAGCAGGCUGACCAACAAAAUGAAGGCUCCCCAGCCCCAGAGGCUGUGCAGCGAGUAUCUGAAAAUAUAGGAAGUUUACAGGACUCUGAUGAUGUUAGAACUGAAGACUGCAAAAAUAUUGAAAUUGAAAAGAAAGAGGACUGUACCAAUGUUGCUUUACAAUCACCUGUUUUAGAAAAUGAAAAAUCCAGCGAAAAAGAUGCUAGUGAAGACAAAGAUGAUGACGAUUUAAAUGAUAAUUUUGACUUUCUCUCUUCAAGUGGGUUGAUGAAAUCACCAGAGCAGCAAGUGAAGACCAAUGCCGAGUCUGUAGAUGUCAAUGACAAAGUUGAACAGGCCAGACUGGAGGCUAAGCAAGCUCUUGAAUCAUUCGUAACUGAAACAAAGCAGAACGGACCGAUAUGAUAAAUUGAUCUAAAACUCCAAUACAUCCAUCAUCAGUCAGGGAGUAAAUUUAUCAAGUGUUUUUUAAAAAAAUCAAUGCAUCUACCCUCUCUACUCACCCCACCAGAUUGCUGCCCUACUGUUAAGACUAUCUGAGUAAAUAACAUGAAUUGGGGAUAGAGACAAUUGCCUGAAGGUGCACUAUUGCAGAUUGAUUCACCAAGCUAACAACUAAAUUAGGUUAAAAAAUAAAUGUGAACUAUGGAGGGCACAAUGUCAGUGAUUGGACAUUACUCUUACCCCCUGCCCUGACAACUAUCACCCUGUGGUGUUCGUAUAUCGUAAUACAAUCUACCUGUUUAAGUUAUAUGUGCAAACUGGAAAUGUUUUAAAUGAUUUUUAAUUUGCAAAACCAGUUGCUGUUUAGACCAAAUUUAUUUCAGAGAUAUACUGUAAAUACAAGGUUUCUAGAGUGGUCAAUACUAAACUGAUUGCUAGCUACCUAGCAAGCAAGCACAACUUUGAUGGGUGACCAUUAGAAGUCUAUGCAGUGAUUUUGAAAGCGAUUGAAACCAAAUUAUAUUCUUGAUGAAUUCUGCUUGGGAAUAUGGCUAAACUCAGCAUACUUUAAAUUUUGAAUGGAAAGUGUGUGAAAUGAACCAUGUGCAUGAAUUAGUAAGCACGCAUAUCUCAAUACUCAGUUACAUGGUGAAUAUAGACGCUGCCUUGUCAUGGCUUUUUUUAAUCAUUAUUUUCUUUAAUUUGUUAGAGUCAGUAGUCGUUAAACUUAAACUUACCUAGUCUUAGGUGGUAAAUGCAGGCAACAAAUCAAUACCUUGUACUAUAAAGAGGUGAGUGUUCUUUAAAAGAAUAAUACGUAUGAUACUUAGUGAUUUCCAACAAGAAAUGAAAGCCUUAUAUGCAUUUACAAGGGAAUAGGAAAGACAUUUUUGCUGAAAUACUGGAGUUCAUUUUUAUGAUAAAAACAAAUGCAAUUAAUAUAUCAAAUGAAACAACAAACAGUUAAAUUACUAAUUGUAAUUGUGAUUGUUGGUUAUUUAAACCUGUUUGAUUUGGCAUCUUUACACUUAAAGUAACAUUAAUAUCCUGAAAUAUUUUGAAUUUAUUCUACCCCUUCCUCACCCCACCCCCUCACCCCCAAAUAAUGAAGCAAUAUAUUUAUGUAAGAGUAUUUUGUAAAGUAUUGUGUCCAGGAGAUACUGUGAGAAUAGAAGCAAGUGACAGGACUUUAACAGGAAUGCAUUCACUUCCUCCCCCUUUACAUUUUUUUUUUUUUUGGUUUUUCAGAUCUUUGUUUUUUUUUUGGAGAUUAAGAUCCUAAAAAAUGAAAACCAUUUAAUCCAAUAAGUAAACCAAGGUUUCUUUGUUUUCUUUUGUUUUAAGUUUUAUACUGUCUUAUCAUCUGUAAUAUUCAUUCUUAAUAGAAUUAUUAGUAUUUUAUUAAUUUGUUUUAAAUCUCUUGCAUCUGUAAAUGUAAAUUACACGUUCAUGUACAGUUCUGCGUGAUAACAGGUUAAUAUCUAAAGAAUGUGAGUGUAUUAUUAUUAUUAUAUGGCAAUUGAUUUGUGUCUAUUUUAGAAUGUCUCCAACACAAAAACCAAGUGUAAUAAAUUAAUAUUUACAAAUAGAAUGAAAAUGUAUUUUCAGUCUUCCAUGUAUUGAAUAAAUAUACCAUCUUGCUUCAACCGACCAUGGCAUAUUUAUAACAUACCAAUUUUAAUGUAAGUAAAAUGAAGGUGCAACCAACUAUCCUAUAUUAUCAAAUAUAUUACAGAAUUUGUAUUCUUAAUUUUUUGUUUCUUCUAUUAAACCUUCAUUUAAAACGAUUGUUUCAAAUAUUGCCUUAAGAGGUACAGUUGAUAAUUUUAAAAUAAUUCUCUUAGUUUGACAAGAAAGGUUAAAGUUGUUUUAUGAAGGAUAAAGUCAAUGAUAAAAAAGAAGAUAAUGAAAAAAUAGCAUUCUAUCAUGCCAAUAACAAAGAAUUCAAAUUCUAGACAGAAUAUACCACUCUGCAUCCUAAUUCUCACCAAGCAUGUCUAAAUGUAAGCAUAUCAGGUCCUAUCUAUAAUAUAUAUCGGGUAUUGCAACAUUUGACAUGAAUGUGUCUGCAAAUAUGCUUAGGUGUAACAAGCUACAGCUACUAAGUGCAUUGUGACAAGGUGAUAUAGUUAGCAGGCAAAUGCCAGCAAACCUGUUUACACAGCCUCUGCUAUGAGGUUGUAUUGUGACAAGUUGAAAUUCUUUAGUGUAACACCAUGUGUUUGCUGGUGCCUUUCAGUGUAAUGCUUAGUAGAUCAUUGACAUUAUUGCUAACUUAUGUGUCAGCAAGUAUCUACAUGUAGACACUGCUACCAUUGUGACAAGUUGACAUCAUUGAUGUUAGUAACUGCAAGUGUCUAGAUGGCAUUGUGGCAAGUUGACAUUAGUAACUCAUGUGAAAGCAAAAAUGUGUAGAUGUAAACAUGUCACUGCACCAAGGGCCAAUGUGACAAGUUGACAUCAUUGACAUUAGUAUCUCACUUGUAAAAUGUGUCUACAUUUAAACAUGCCACUGAUACAAAGUAACAUUGUGACAAGUUGGUAUCAUUAGUAGCACAUGUUCAGCAAACAUAUUUCAAUGUAAAUAUGCUACUGCUUCCACAUUGGAAAUUUGUCUAGAUGUUGGCACAUAUACAAAUGAUUUGAAAGACUGCAUCCUCAGUAUAAUUCAUGGUUCAUUAAGAAGCACUUUCAAUGUAUGAAACUAAUACUCGGUCAACGCCAUAAAUAUUUUUUGUGACAAAUUCCAUUUGAUUUCUUUCUAUAUUGGUGUGUUCCCUAUGUAUUGGAUUGUAUGACAUUACUUAGUCCAUGUAUUAGCAAAUCACAUUUUGUCACACAAAACCAAAUACAUACAGUAGUCUGGACAAAGCAUUAGUUUCACACAAUAAAAACAAUUAUAAUUCUCGUUGACAUAGACAUUUAUAAUAAAUUUAUGGGUUUUUUCUGAUACAAUUGGCAAAUUUGAACUGGUCCAAGAUACAUGCUCAUCUGUGAUGUUUGUAGUCCGCAUAUGGACACAUUUAAACCCUCAUUCAUACAACAUGCCAUGUUAGUAGUACAGUAGUUUUAAAACGUUUGUACGUACAUCAUGUGAUGUUUGUUGUACUACUGUAGUUGGACACAUCUACUGUACAACCUGACAAAUGUAACAUCCAAUGUGAUAUACAUGUAUAACAUCACUAAUGUGGCAUUAUCCUCAUCUUCUUUACCUUGCAAUUCAUUUCAUGUGCAUGUUGUUAUAUUACUUAUUACAUGUUAAUUCAUCAAUGUAUACUUUUCACUGGAAAAGAAGCUGAUGAUAUUCUAACCAUUACUAGUGCCUAUGUUGAGCCUUGAUAGUUCAUUCCAAAACACAUCAUUUCAGAUACUGUCUAAAAUCUGUAUGAAAUAGUGUUUAAUAAGUAUAAGUGGGUAUACUCAUCAGUUUUUUGGGGCCAGCAUGCAAAGGGUGUCAUAUUUAUUAUUGUGUGAAAGAAUGUAAAUGAUAGCAGGUUUCACGUUCAAAGAGGGGAAUGGUGUAUUUGUGAAAUUUCCCAAUAUGCUAUAUUAUGUAUUUAAAGCAGAUUCUUAGUUCAUUUUGCUCCACCACUUGAAUAUGUGUUGGUCUGGUGGUCCCUAUUUCAGUGUACAGUAUUUUCAGUUUCAUUGUUAACCAUCAUCUGUUUUCUAUGGGUAUCAAGACAAUCUUAUGUUUUAAGCAUUAUUGAAUUCUUCCAAAACACAUUGGUAUGAUUUAUCCAUAAUUCAUAAUAUUGUUUUAAUUUAGAAAUUCAAUCCAAAUGAAAUAUCUUAGCUUUGUAAGGAAUUUUGCUAAGCUCACACUGAAUUAAAAAGAAUUAUUAGUUGUGAUGGGUGCCCUCUCCAUUGAGAAUGUAAUGAAACUCGUAUAUGUAGAUAUUUAUAGUCAAUUCAAUAGGUUUUCACUUACUGUGCUACCUAUAAAAUACUUAAGUGCAUUAAAGGUAAUUAGAAUAAUUGAAGGAUCAUAAGUUUUGAACGUGUCUCAGAUACUCUUGCAUUUUUAUAUUUUGAAUUUUUUUGCUGUUAUACCCUGACAAUAAGCUGUGCCUCAUUGCAUUAGAAGGCAUUUUUCGGCUUAUGAAAUUGAUUGUCUACACAUUAGUUUCUGUUAUGUAUAGUAAAUUCUUUACAUGUAAGUUCAGUAACUAAAUAAUAAAGAUAUUAAUAUUAUUGUAAUCGUUCUUAUUUUUAUUGUUAUGAUGAUAGAAAGUUUUAUAAACUAGGAAUUUCAUUAAAGUCCUCAGUUUUCAAAAUUUGCAGGAGUACAUGAGUCUGAAUGUUAAAUCAUUGUAUUUUUAUCUCAACUGGUCGACUGCAAUAAAAUCUUAACACUAAGCUAAA